AUGGCCGGUGCAAUGGCCAGUCCUGCACCGAAUGAAGCUCAUCCAGUUAAACUGCUCGCGCUGGCCAGCGCUCAUAGACAGCAUGCUCCGUACGAGCCUACGGAUCAAUUUGAGACAAAAGAUGGAAAGAGCCAUUUACGCCUUGCUGCUGCUGCUCCGUCACCUUUGUCGACCCCACUUCACGUUGCCAUCCAGCACCUGCACCUGAGCACCCCACCACUUGCGCCUGUACUUUGCAACCAGCUUGAGCUGGACAGCACUGACCAGACCAGCUUGAGACAUGGAACCUGCCUGCCCAGGUUCUUUCGCUGGUACGAACGAACCAUCCACCCAUCCACCCAUCCAUCCACCCAUCCAUCCAUCCAUCAGGCAACCUUCCAGCCGGCAUCGCAUCAAUCUUAA